UAUAAAUAAAUAAAAAUUGAUAAAAAAUUAAAAAUAGUAAAAAUAAAUAUAAAAAAAGGAUAAAAAAGGUAUCGUACUAAUUGUGCUGAGUAAAAGUUUUCCUCCUUCUCCCCUACGAAUACGUUCGUAUUAUUGACGAUUUGUUUCACAUUUGGCGAACUCAAGGCAGAUAGCACCACAGGAGAGCAGACAAUAUGUGCGGCUGAUUGCAAAACAGCAGAAUUUCAGUGCAUAAUCACAUCGUCAGAGAGUCUGUCAGUCAGUCACUCAGUGUGUCACUCAACCAGUCAGUCGGUCAAUAGAAAUGUUGCAUCGCGUUCCUGACUGUGAAAUGGGCUUUUAGUGUAGACUAGACUACACGCUGCCAACGCACAGACACAGCACGAGAGACUGUCAGUCAAACAGCGGAACCAACCGCAGCACUGCAAACGUUGGGCUUGACAUCACAGUUCGAAAGCAGUGCAGGCGUAGAGGGACACUCUCAGCACACCCAGCAACGCUCAGUCAGUUUGUAAACAAGUAAUAAAUUUCUAUAAAAACUGUCAAAAGACAAUUGUGAAAUGUGAGUGAAAGCUACAUACAAACAACAACUGACUCAGCGGAAAAUUGACAGUUGUAGAGUUUUACACGCGUGUGUAGGGGAUUGCGAGUGCGCACAAACAUACAAACAUACUUACGCAUAUACAUAAAUUAAAGUGUUGUGCGCCCGCGCAAUUGGAUUAUUCAUUACUCCUGAAAAGUGUUCAAUCAAAUGUCGUGCGUAAAUAACGAAAAGCGUUGACUUCAAGCCAAGCGCUUAGCCGCGUAAAAAGCGCCCAGCCGGUCGGUACACAAAAAUACCAUUGCCACGCCCAACUACGUCGCUAACCCGCAGACAAUUAAUACAAACAUUAUACAGCAUUGGCCUCGGUAAAACCAAUCGCUGCGCAACGCGGCGCGAGCAGAGCGCGUAGAGACGUUUCGUUUCUUCUGCGCGCAACCUAAAACGCGACGCAUGAAAUGCAAUAAAAAAGCGAAAAGCGAGCUGUUCAAAUAAUUUAUAAAAAAAAGUAAAUAAAUUAAUAAGAAAAAACUCGAAAGAAUCGCGCAUCAAACGAUGACAUGCUAUCAAAAGUUUAUACAACAAUACAACAACAACAGCGACCACUUAAACAGCCACACAAGCGUAUAUCUAAUACAAACCACAGCAAAAACAAUUGUUGUAAGUGCAGCAACAACAACACAUUAACCCACUUGUUGUUGUCUUCACGCUUGAGCAACAUAAAUCCAAUGGAAAAUGAUGUUCUACAACAGCAGCAGCAGCAACAACAACAACAACACACCCCAUUGCAACGCGCACAACACGCACAGCGUGGGUAACGUAAGCUUCAAACUCGACUGCUCAUGCAACACAAUUAGCAACUGCAGUUGCCGCCGCACAGCUGCGACGACAUUGACGUCGUCGAAGCAACGCAGCAGCAGCGGUUGUAAGAAAUAUCGCAGAGCGAAACUAUUGGACGACGCCAUCAGCUGUUGCAACGACAACAGCAGUAAUAUUGGUAAGCCAUAUUUGCCCGCGUUCACACCUACAACAGCAACAGCGACAGUAGAAGAAACAACAAAAGCGUUCAGUGAGAGCGCGUCGUCUGCAACACACAAUGGUAGCACGCAACGUCGACGACGCUCAACUGCGUACUGCAAUUUGGUGGCGGCUUCAUCGCCGGCGCAUCUCUCCACCGUGUUAGCCACCGUUUUCGGCAUUUGUCGCGCGCUCAGUUUACCGCUUUGUUUACUGCUGCUGCUGCGGCUGACACCCGCUGUACGCUGCCUUGCCGUUGGGGUCGAAACUGCUAAUGCCAACAUCACGGAUUUGGGUAGUCCCGGUGAGUAGUCAAUAUUAUUUAGUAUUAGUAUAUUUUUUAUUUUUUUAUAUUUGUUUAUAUAAUCCUUAGUACAUUUAUCGUCUCAAGUUGCUACUGUUGCUGUUUGUAUUUUUUGUAACAUUUUUAAUCGGCCCGAAAGAGAUGUUCAUGGCACGAUAAUAGAAAGAGCUAUUAAGAGCUCGAAAAACUGUAAUUCUUGAAAAAGUGUUGCAAUUUAAACUAAGAAUGAAAUCUGUCCAGAUCAGCUAGAGUUCUUAGACUCCGCUUUUAAAACGCUUUCAACUUUUAUUUAACCCUUAAAAGCUCAAGGAUUGCCCUGUCACGACAAAUUUUGAUCUUUCAACCCUAACCCGCCAUUGAUCCACCUGUAGCCCAUGAAAAGCCUCAAUAGAAUGAUUACUAUAACAACUGGAACAUGCCUAAGACGCUUCAGGUAAUGGUACCGAGACUACGAAGCAAUUUUUCCACUCAGUGUAGGAGAAUCACAUAGUAAAUAAGAAACUGUCUUUUCCUCCUCAUCGUUCUUCCGCAUGCUGAAUUGAACUCCUGGACUUUAGGAAUAUUGUAGGGUUCCAGACUUCUAUAAUUUCACUGACGUCCACUACAUUCAUUGAAUAUAUGCUGUAAAACCCCUCCAGCCAUAUCUGGAUCACGUUUGCUCUGAUUUGAGACAAAUCAAGUUUUAAUAUCACCACAACACAGUUUGCUUCAUAGUUGUACCAAUGUGUUCUUUAUAUAGAAGAAACUGCUUACCCCUUCCUUGGCAAACACGUGUAUAAGCCUUAUAGUCUUACGAUGUAUCUGUGUUAAGAACUCUCUCAGAUUUAAAUUGUCGGUCCGGCUUAGCCAACGUCGUAAGGGAACUGCAGUAGUCCAGCAAAAUUAUAUGUAGUGUGCAUCGUUAUUGGGCCUUAAAAUCUUAGUUCUACAUGAGUGUCACUGAAAAACUGCUACCAAUAGGUUUAGCUGUCUUUAUGAUGGCAGUGAUCUCUACAUGAGUCACAAAAGGUCCUCCGCUUACUCUUUCUUCAAAUCUUUUACUGUCUGUUUAGCUUUAGUAGUCUACUAGCUGGCGUGUCUAAUCCACUCCACGCUUACUCGAAAUUAUUUUAUCCUUUUACCUUGGCGCCAGUAGCAGUCGUUAGAAAGCAGGGAUCUGUGUUGUAGAUGUAAAAUCUGAAGAUGUUCUUAGCGUAUUGCAAUCGCUGGUUCCUGAAGUAGUUUUUAUCUUUUAAACCAGUGCUGCGCUCCAGAUACUCCACCAAGUCAAGUACAAAAGUAACAAACAUAACCUUGAGCGCCUCUUUUGGUGUGGAUUUAAACGCUCCACCAAUACAGAUUAGUCCUAUUGGUCCUGGAUGAUUUACUUAAUGCAAGCAACCGCCUUAUAAUAUUCCGAGAAGAAGUUUUAUCAUCAAAAUACCCAGAGGUUUCAUAGCAUUGGAGACCUCACCCCCUUUUGAUUAAUUUUUGGUACACUCAAGCAUAGAUUUUGUUUUCCAAAACUGAAUUCAGUAAAUUAAUAGCAGUCUAUAUAUAAUAAAUAUUUCAAAAUCUACAAUAAGCUGUAAACUGUGGCCGCUUCCGAAAGGCCGAUGGCUUUUUAUGAGAAGCUUCUUAUUUCAUGUCAGAAAAACACUCAGAAGACUUGUCGCACCCUGUCGAGUGGCGACCGCAAAUGGAAAAAUUAGCCUUUGAAAAUUAGUAAGAUUAUCCUUCUCCCAUUUGGAAUUCCAUUUAUGCCUCGCUUAUAAACACCCUUGCCCCACAGGCCGUCUCUUGAAUUCGCUUUAAACAGGAGCAGAUGGUAACCACUUGGUGCGAGUUUCGCUUUAUGAGGUAUAUGCAUAAGAUCAUACUGACUAAGCCAAAGGCGCAUCUGGCGAGUCAACAUCGAUCGAUGUGUGUGGUCUGCUGACAAUACAGGUCCGAAGGACACGCCUCAAUUGAGCGUGUAGUCUCUAAUGCUAUGAAGGUAUUGCUGGAUAUUUUUAUCAGUGUUCAUCGUUUCUCUGGUAUUCUGAGGAAGUAGGGGAGCAGCUUAUCUUCUUGACAAACCCCUUAUCUUUUUUAGUACAAAAUAUCAGCUUUCUGGAGCCAAUCGCACUUAUAAAGGCUGCCUUAAAAUUAAAGCAAUUAAAUUAGGAUGAAUUUUCUAAGAAAACAAAAUUUUCAAAGUGAUUUCUUCUAGAAUCAUAAAGUACAUAGGAUAGGAUGUGAUUUUUGGAAUAACAUUUCGGGUAAAUGACCUUCACGGCUGGCUUUCCAUGCAUAUAAGCACUCGUUUGUCGAAAUUUUUCAUAAAUAUUCUGCAUAAAUAUGGCAGAAUUUUAUUGAUGCAACACGAUGAAUCUCCUUCUUUAAAGCAUGCGUGAUUGUGGACUUGUUGCAAUAGACCCGUGAUUAUAAAUGACCGCAUAAAUAGAAAUCUAAUGGUGCUAAACCUCACGUCUAGGGGGUCAAUUGUGAUGACCGAAAGGAGUGAUUAUACGACCGGAAAAUGUUUAAUUCUUUUCCACGACGCCGAAUUGCAGUUCCUGUCGUGUUUUAGGACGACCAGUGUGUUUUGGCCUCUCCAAUGAUUGCAGUCACGCGGAAUUUUUCAUUUAAUCUCUUCACAGUUGACGACGUAGCAUGCAAGAUACAGAUCUCUAAAGCCAUGCAUUGCUAUAAUAAUGGAUGACUUGUUCCUAACCCAAUUUAAAAUUACUUUACGAAAUGUCGUAAGGAAUUUUCCUCUGUUCAUGGUUUUGCUUAUUUUUUUUUUUCUCAUUAAUAUGGCAUACCAAAAGGCCUUUUCCCUGCUAUGUGUCUCAAAAAGAGCUUUUCGGAUAUACAUACAUACGUUAUAAUAAUCUGAUUUUAGUGCUUUCUACUGACUGAAAUGUAAACUUGUAAACUAAGAAAUCAUUGGAUCAAUUCUAAAUGGCGUUUAUGUGAAACUCACAGUAAAUCUUAGCUGCCUCAGCGCGCGCUGGCAAAGUUCGCUGAGCCAAUUCACUUGUGCGCCACUGGCAAUUAUUGUCGCACUGUUUGCCAUGUCCUUCACAGAGAAAUAUGUACCUACCUGCAUCUAAAUACAUAUUUCUGUUCAACUUUUUUCCUCCGCUACGCUGACAUUCGGUAUUUCCAUUUACACUUUCAUUUCCAUUUUAAUUUUCUAUUUUUUUUCUUCACUCCUCUGCUGCGUUUCUACUCUUCGUAUUGAAAUGUUUUUUUCUUUCUUUGUGCUUUUGUUAUUUUACACCUGCUUUUUUUUACAACGGUUGUCAUACUCCAGGUAUUUUAUUCCAUUUCCUAUUUACCAACAACACCAACAAGCAGCACCCACAACCGACUUCUCGGCGUCACUUCAAGCUAUUGCAUUAGUACACCAGCAACAAGACCGUCCGUCAUAUCACCAUCAGCAGUACCACUACCAAGAGCAACCAGCAACAACAACAACAACCCGGUUUCAGUCAGUCAUACAUAUAGUGCCUCUAAGCAUCAAUUAACCCAAUUUUCAAAUCCAUUUGCACUCCUAUGCCGCAAAAUUUGCAGUUGGCCGGCACAAGAGCGCUCCAAGUGGUGGUGGUGGUGGUGGGAUGGUGAGAUAUUGGUGUAAUGGUGUACUGGUUGAUUAUUUUUCCCCGCACCGCAGGACGGUUUGUCGCCGUGCCAUAGUGUCGUGAAUCCAUAUAAGCGGCGGCCAAAAAUAGUUACCCUGCUCCGAUUGCGUUGUAAUUCGUUUAGGCAUUUCGCUGAUUGUGGGUAGAAAAAAUCGCAUUUUGGGUCGAAAAACUCAACAGUGGCAAGCCGUUUACGUCAGUGGGCGGUUAGUUAAAGAGCUCACAAUUUAUUUCUUACUUUGAUAAUGUUUCUAAACCAUUUGUAGUGAUCAGAGUUGGGUCUUUAGAUAAAUAAGUAUUUGAGUAAAAUGAGGAGGGAAUUUUAAAGCUAAGCCUGAACAGUUCCUCCCAGUCAGUCAGCAUUACUGGAAGAUACCCAAAACUACAAAUCAAAGUCGGUAGGUCGCAGAAUCGGCAUAUCAUUACCCAUAAGCUAGAUCUAAGAAUAAUAGGGGAUCACGAUACUGCCCUUAUUAAAAAUAUCGAUGAUCCAUCCUCUUUGAUUCCUCUAUAAAUUUAAUUAGAUCUUGUUAUCUGUCACCUUGGAAAGAUUUUCAAAUAAAUUAGCCGCGAAAUAUGCAAGCCAAACUAUUCCCAGCACAAAAUAUGUUCUUCGUAAAUGUGAACCGUUUCCUACUACUCACCCACCUCAUGGCUUCAAAGGAACCCCCAGCCUUGCUGUAAAUUGUAAAAUGGAUAACUUUGCUUUCGGAAAUGUCUUUCCUUAAAAAAAAAAAAAAGAACUUUUCAUGUGACCUCUUUUUGAACCAUUUCGAUCCAAAAAACACAAGUGCGAGUGAAUAUUUUUACGGCCGAGUUCUUUCUCCUCCAAUUUUUGAAUGUUUUCAUAACAAAUGAAGGGAUCUAUGCUUUAUAUUUAUUCGUCGCCAAACGGCUGAUGGAUUUUUAUAAGGAGCCUUUAUUUUAUGUCAUGAGACACGCUCCGUAGGGUUGGCAUUCCCUGCUAAAUGCAUAUGUUGUGCCCAGUCAUCUUCAACCAGUUAAGUUUUAACUUUGGAGAUCAUAAAGUUAAAGGUGUGUAUGAAUGCCGAUCUCCAAACACUGUUGACGAGUCGGUAUUUUUCGUAGGAUUUUUCCGGCGUAACUUUCUUGUUCUUUUUCUUUAACGACGUAACUUUCUUCUUCUUCUUUAACCGCGUACU